AUUCCAUAAAUGCUUCUAAUGUUCUCUGAAUUUUCUCAGUGUCACAUCAGAGGGAUGACUAACGUCUAGUUUCUUGCAAGGAUAUGGAUACGACAUUUCUACGGAGUAUAACUAGCUGGAUCAUUUCAGCUCUUGUGAUCUUUGCGUCAUUGCGUCAGUCGGGUAAUUACCUAUUAUCAGUUUUUUGUCGAUUUGAGUUGCCACUAAAAUGUACAUAGCUGAAAAUAUCUUAUCAUUAUUGCUAUUAUUACUUUUGUUUUUUUUUUUACCUGCGGUGGCAAAUCAUAUGUCUCUAAUGUCGUCUGAUUUUAGAUGCCAUCGUAUGGAUAAAUCGGCCAUCCAAACCGACCAUCAUAGUAGAAGGAGUGAACAGCACUGGAGUAAAACUCGAGUGGAACUUCCUUCUGCAUUCAGGUGACGUUGUUCAAAGCGUGUUUCUACAAAGACAGAGAAGAGGCAAUCCUUUGCCGAUCGUCCUUGCGUCCAGGCACUCCAAUAACGCGUUUACCUUUCUCAAUAGCGUGUUCCUAAAGGAGUACGAUGCAAAACUACCAAAUACGUUGGUAUUAAGAGAUGUGAAUAACAACAAGGAAUACUUUUACUCUAUUAUUGUAAAUUACGUUCGCAACAAUAUUGUUCAAAUCCCUCUUGAAGAUCAAGUCGAGGUGAUUGUUUAUGGUAAGCAAGACCAUUCCUUAUUUUGGAAAUUUAUUUAACGCAGGUGAUUUUCAUGGAUUAUUUCAGUUUCUUCAAUUCGAAAACAAGUAGCCUAUAUAUAUUUUUAGUAUAUUGCAAUGCCCUAGAGAUACACAGCAAGAACUGGAUAAAAUUUGAUCCCUGUCAGAUUGUAUUAUAGGGCAUUCGGAUAACGCUCUCAUUUGCCCUUAAAAAAUUUAGUGUGCGUUUAUGGAACAUUUUUAUCUGACAAGAAUCGUAAUUGAAAUGAUACUGUUUCAAAGAUUAUCGCUAAGCUACCGAAUUUAAAGUAAUUAACUUGAAUAACAUGUAUAUUGUUCUCAAUAUAUUGUUCUUUAUUUUGCUUUAAAAUAUUCAAAAGCUCAAUAUUUUGCGCCAGAAUUUACAUUGUAAAUGUCAGUCAUCAGCCUUACAAGUUCUUCAAGGCUCCCUUGAAAUGAGUAUCUACCGUGCUACUACCCCGCCAAAACAAAAAAAAAAACUUUUCGAAAUUCAGGUUUGAGAUUUUUUGAUAAAACGAUUUUAGCAGUUAUGAUCAAUAUCAUAUUUUUGGACGGGAGAGAACUGGGGUGCCUCGAUUAAAGUUUUUUUGUUGUUUUGUCGACGAAACAAGGGUGGGUGUGUGUGCAAGAAGGCGAGCAACUUCCAUGUACUCGUGUCAAAGGGUUUUCACCGAUCAGUUUAUUUUCAGAACGAUUUUAGCAAGAAUUUAUAAUAUCUGUUAACUUCCACAAACCAAUCAGCAAAACUGAGAGAUCUGAAAAUAGUAUUUUGGACCCUUUACGACUACUUUUAUUCUAUUUGACACAUUAAGCCCCGUGCAAACGGACGCAACAUUUUUGGAUGAUAUAUGUUGCGUCCGAUUGCACACCCUUUUGCAUGUUAUUGCAUGUUGUUGCGUGUUGUUGUGAGUUGUAUGCCAAAAGUUUGAAACAGGUCAAAUGUUAAGCUACGUACAAACGGGCGCAACAACUCCCGACAUUGUUGCACCAACAAUUGCUGCAUUCCUGUUUGUAUCGAAAGCAUGUUUAGCGUCUUCAUUUUUGUCCCCAUUCGAUCUUCCCCGGCACUUUGAAUGCCGCGGAUAUUCUCGGGGCAUUUGAUAUGUAAAUGAUUUAAAUAGGAACUCUACCUCCCACGGCUAAUAUCUGCUAAUAUCUUAUUAUUUCGAGUCAUGUUUCUUUUUAUGCGCACUGUAUUUCUAAGGCAUUCUAUACAGCAUUAAAUAUUUAGCAAUAAUUGGAUGAGGAUGAUUAUGAUGUGAAGAAUUAUGUAGAUCGAGGAGCCUAUUACCGGUGGAUAACAGCCUUCCAGAUCUGCAUAAUUCUUCACAUCAUACGAAAGCAGAAUUUAAUAAUUGGUUCUAACAUUUCUUAGUUUUUAGUUCAUUUGUGAAUAUUGCAGCUAGGAAGCCGCGCACGCCAAAGAGGUUGAUCUAUGGUCUAUUGCACAUGCAGCCUCUUUUACAGGAAAAUAUACCAUGGAUCAACCUCGUUUCCAGGCUAAUGUGCCAUCGAAUCGAUUGCAUAUUGCUCUCAUUUUCAAAAUUUGGACAACGCCGGUUGGUUAUUAAGAAUUAUCCGGGAGCUUUGUGCCAAUCAGUGGGUAGGAAUAAUUGCGUUAAAGAUCAUGAACGCAAAUUCAUUUUUUAAGCAACGUUUUCAUCGCCGUCGCGUCGUUAGAUCUUUAAGUCCCUCAUAUCUGCUGAUCAACGAGUUACAGAAAAACAGCCAUUUUGGAAAUAAAUAACCGCUAGCCAGUUCUUUAAGGGUGACAAAAGUGUUGGCUGAAGGGCAUCCAAUUAUAAGCCCGGUGGCUUCUCUUGGGCUUCCUCGCCAUGAGAGUUUAACGGCGGAAACCGAAGUUUAAACCGUAAGCUGAUCUUGCGCGUCAUGAGUCCUUUAGGUCUGCGGUACGCGUAAGGGAAACGUAACGCAAUGUGACUGUGUGAUCGAAAUAACCACGUGAAUGGGUUUUAAAUAGAGGUUUGAUAUUCCCACGAUGAAUUAAUUCCUAUGGCCCAAAUGUCUCGCAGCUAGUCUUAUUUUCUGUUUAUUAAUCACAGCUUGAUUAAAAGGGACGUCAAAUUCCAUUAUGUGUAUCACACACAUCCUGCCUUUAUUUCCAGCUCCUCCAAGAAUAACAAAGGCGCCGGUGUUGGAAUCAGAAGUCAGUGUGGGGCAGAAACUGACCCUUACAUGCAAUGCAUCUGGUGACCCAAGGCCAAAUAUCAAGUGGGCAAAAGAUGGAGUAGCGCGAAGCAAGUUUCACGUCUCUGGUUACAAGUUGAAUCUCGCUAAUGUACAGAGAAAAGAUAUUGGGUCAUACAGAUGCAUAGCCAGCAAUAGAUAUGGCGUUGCCAGUAGCAUAUCCAUGGUAACCAUCUAUUGUAAGUAAUAACACUCCACAUGUAUUCUUACCUACAUGUAAGGCAGACUAUAUUAAUUUAAGAAAUGAUAAACGUGCAGCGUGCAGCCAUUACGUUACGGAUGCCCGCUGGUAGGUUGGUAAGAACUUAAGAAGCCUAAGAGUUGCUAGAGGCGUAGCCGAAAGCAACUCUAGCUUCUUGAAAACGGAAAAGAAAAUGCUAUGAAAAGUUUUCAAAAGAAAAAAAAAACGGUUUCUCUAUUUUCCUAAAUAAUGUCUAACCAAUAGCAAAGCUCAAUGGGUCGUGCGCAGUGUAAUUGGCUCUUAGUCGUGAAUAAAUGCCCAGUCUUGAAAGAUGUCGGAAACUAUGGCUUAUGGUAUGUUCACCCUGUACCGGAUAACAUUUGGCCGGCACGAAAACCAUACCGGAUAGGGCUUCUGUUCACACACAAGAACGGUGAUUUUCUGUAUUGGAGCGAAGCCACGCCGCGCCGAUCCAUUAAGUGUAGCGACAUAUACAGGAUAGCUCAUUUCUGAUGCCACAUUUUGGUGCAGUGUAAACAGGUAUCUGGAUCGUAGCGGAUUGGGAGCGGGGACUGGAAUCCACUGAGACGGAUGUAAAUAUUCAGGAGUGAGGACAGGGAUUUGCGGUUCAUCAUACCUUCUCGGCCAGCCGCUCCGGCAGGAUGUAUGUUAAGGACUUGUUCCAGUCACUGUGACGUUGAUGCUCAUACUAUACCGGAUAGCAUAUCCGGCAUGUCGUGAGCAUAGCCUUAGACAUAGCCUUAGCUGUUUUUCAUGAUUUUUAAAUACUGCAAUACAUUAGGUCCUCCCGGUCAGUGCACAGUCCUUGAAGUUGGAAUUGUCAUAACAAAUGUACAAUGGAGGCAGGAGUUAGCAAACCCUCAAACACGUGAAUACACGAUGUUAAAAUCCAAUUUGUCAACAGAUGUAAGUGGGCCUAAUCUUUAUUUUUUUUUUGUCAUUUUUAAGCUCCUCAACAGAAUAACCAUCUAUGUUGAUUUAGUUAUCUACAUCCAUAAAUUCAAUAAGCUUAGUGUUUGAAGCUUGCAUUAUCUGGGAAUAGCAGAGCUUAAUUCAUAUGCGGGAUAAGCCGGGAUAGGGGAGCUUUGGGGAAAAGGUCUAUUGUAACCACACCUAUUAUACUAUCACUACACCAUAGUUUGAAAGACUACCUGUGAUCACGAAAGUUGUACGUCUAGAGGUGUGAGGGAGAUCACUUCAGGGAAAUAUCAUUUAAAGGGAAGGAUCGGCUUUGGACUGGUCCUUAUGGCAGACGAACAGUGUAGAUCAUUCAAUUUAAAUUUAUAUUUUUUUUAAUUAGGCCUGUCAGUGGUAAUGAAGCCUGUAAUAUUUAUUUUGUGCUUUUUGCGCGACUUUUGGGAAAUUUGUUGCUAAAUAUUGCAAGUGCUUUUUAAUUUUUCUAACAUUGAAGCAUAAUUUAUAUGUUGUAGAUCGCAAGCAUUUACACAACACCCAAUAAUGCUGAUUAUCAAUUUUACGGAAUGACUGCUGUAAAUUUCAGGUAAACUUUAAUUGUAAUUCUUUACAAAAUUCACAUUUUAAAACACAAGGAAUGAAGACCUUCUUUUUACAUCUUACGAUUUUCAUUUUAUCCAUGAUUUUGUUUUCAAUUUGUCACGCCAACCUGCUUGCAUGGUUAGUUGAAGCAUUGUUUUGAAGGCUCUCUUACAGUGUCCAGAACUAAGUAAUUAUUAUGUAUUGUCGUGACUGUUGAUCGCUUUUUUAAGAGAUGGAACUUACUUUAUUCAAAACAACCCCAUUGCAAAAGAUUUUCUCGUCACAUAUUCACGGAAACGUGGCAGGAAACCCAUUGACCACAAUGGCUUAAAAGCAUUCUUCCCGGCUGAGAGUAUCUAAAGUCCUUCGCGUAGGAAAAUUAUCACUACGUUUAUAAUAAAAGGUUUUAUGUAUUGGAAAAAAGGAAAAAAGGUAAUGGUACACAUGUAGUACGUAAAUAAUUCACUUCUUUGUUAGACCUGGUUUUGUCGCUGUUGUGCAGCUCAAGUUCCACAAAAACGUUGCCAGUCCUUUGAAGCCCUUGCAAGAUGAUGUCAGUGAUGGUAAUCUUGGACCGUUUGAAGUUUCAAAGCAGUUAGAUCUCAAUCCAAGUAUGCGAAACUCAGUUUCUCUACUGCUAUUCGAAGUCACGCUUAAAUGUACUAACUGAUACUAUCCAAAUACACAAUUAAAAAAUUUAAGGUCACUAGAAACAGCAACACCAUCAUUUGAGAUUUGUGCUUACGUUCAGCUGUUAAAACAGGGGUGCCUCCUGAAUUUUUUAUAGUUUAGAUGAAUUCAUCAUUCAAUGUCAAUGCUUUUUUAUUUCCGCAUACAGAUUUUCAUAAAGAUUCCUGCUUUCAAAGGAGAGCUAAUAGCAAAAAUGUAGAACUGCAGCAGCCCACCACUUGGAGCCUCCAUCUCCAUUAAUUUCUCGAGUCAACCCUUUCCCGAGUAGACUUAUAAAUAGAACGGCUUGUUUCCCGCGAAAAGUGUUAUAUUUCCGUGAGUCUCGUAUGUCACAGUGAAAAAAUAAAGUUUGAUGGAGUCGAACUCAGAAGCCCGUCCUUCGACUGUUUUCCCUUUUUAAUAUACGUCCAUUUUUACCAUUUUACAGCCGCUGGGAUGAAAUAAAAGUUAAGGGCUUGUCUGGGAGAUUGAAGCCCUAUUUGAUGGGCUCCUGAGAACGGUCUUUAUAAUCAUUGUAUCCGUUCACGCUUUAAUUUUCUUUUCAGAAUUUCCGAGCACAGCCAGCACUCUUAAAACGACGAAUGAUUUUGAAACAGUUCCCUACAGUCCUAAAACAGACCAGUCUGCCGCAGGUAUGUGACCUCUUGUUGCUUACGUACUCAACGUCUCCUGUACCAUUGGUCAACCUCCUUAAUCUUGUGUUUUACCCGUCUCCCAGUCACCAAAGUAACGGUAAACUCCCCGAAAUAAUUCCGCUCCCACUUAUUCUGUUUCGUAAAUUUUAGAAACUGCGCUUUACAUGCCAAGAUCUGAUUUUCCCAUUAUCCAACCAGGAUUUUUUCACUUUUUGGAUAUUCUCAGGAAAAAAGAAGACUGGGCGAGCCUCAGGAAAAAAAUAAAUAGCAAAAAAAACUCGUCUUCUCCUCUUUCAGUUUCGCCGCGUAAAACCUGGGCGCCCGAAUCCCCGGCUAAAGGAAGAAGAGUUGCUUCUACUGCCAGCAACACAUGUACAAGUAUAAAAAGUGGUGUUGUUGCUUUCGUCGCUGGAACAACAACUUUACUUGCUGUUAUUAGAACGGUUUUCAAGUGA